GCCUUUUUAUAUAUGUGCAGAAAAGAGACAAAGUGAUGAUAAUUCUUUUAAUUUACACAAUGUUGGCAAGAGGGAUGUGGAUGCUCCUAACAUGGUUGACUCCACUUUUGAAAGAGAAACAGGUGAAGGUGAACAUCCACAUAGUGAAGAUGAUGGUCAUGUUGAGGAGGAGCCUGUAGUUGAUUUCUCUAAUCUUACAGGAAGACAGAAAAAACUGUUUGAGUUGAGGCUUAAAAUGAAUGAAGCAAGAAAGGCUAAUCAAAGUGACAUGCUUGCUGAAAAGAAGAGAUUAGAAGCACCUCCUGAAUCACGGGGCAUAUCCAAACAAAAAUGGAUAGAAGACAGGAAAAAGAAGGUGGGGAAGCUUUUGGAUGCAAAUGGCUUGGAUAUUACGAAGGCCUACAUGUUGGAUACACAAGAGGCUGCAGAAGUGAAAUAUAAGAAAUGGGAGAAGGAACCUGCUCCUUUUGGUUGGGAUGUUUUCAACCAAAAAACACUGUACAAUGCCUACAAAAAGCGUACAGAGAACAUCAAAUGUGAUAUGGAGGAAUAUGAGAAGCUGAAAGAAUGUGAUCCAGAAUUCUAUCGGAAUGCUACGAGUCUUCAGUAUGGGAAGGCACCUAAAACUUCGGAGGAGAACAUAGAUAAAAUGGUGAAUGAACUCAAGGAAAGGGAGGAAAAGCGCAAGGCUUUUAGCAGAAGGCGCAGAUUCCAUGAAGAGAAAGAUAUUGACUCAAUCAAUGACAGAAAUGAGCACUUCAACAAGAAGAUCGAAAGAGCUUUUGGCAAAUACACUCUUGAGAUCAAGAACAAUCUUGAGCGUGGAACUGCUUUGCCGGACUAAAGAUGAGAGAAAUGGUAUUUAGGAUUAACCCUCCCGUAGAUCGACUUUGAGGGCUCUAUAAGGUUGUGGUUAUGAAGGAUUAUUUACAACAAAAGAACCUUUGAGGCCUUAUCACCGAAAAGGGCUUUUCCUUCCGGGAAUUUUCAGCUUUUUGAAUCAGCACCAUCCGUUCAGGAGCUCCUUGCUUGAUCUUAUUAUCCAAACCACCGAAUCCUUCCCACCUUUAUAUGUUCUUGUCUAAUGAGACCACAUGGGUAUAUUGAGCAGCUGUUUUUGCCAAUGCAAUUGUUAUCUUAUUUCACUC